AUGUCCCCCAAACCCCUCACCGGCGUCCGCGCUUUCGUCGCCGUGCGCACGAACGACGGCGUGGACUGCUCGGGCGUUUUCGCCUCGAAACUCGUGAAAAUGGGCGCGAAAACGUUCAAGGAUCGUCUAACGAACUCUUUGACGCACAUCGUUUUUCGAGCUGGAAACGACGCCGAGGGGUUACCACGUCUCCGUCGACGCAUGAAAGACGCGGGAUGCGAGUCUGCUUUCAUCGUCACGCCGUCCUGGAUCACCGCGUGCGAACGCGCGGGGUCGAGAGCGAAAGAGAAGGAACAUCUUGUGCCCGGCGCGGAGAGCGAGCGAGACGCGCAUCCGCGCACGCCGCUGAGUCGAUGGUCGAGCGUGGAGAAGCCCCCGGGGAGCGGGAAGACGCCGAGGAAUAACAAACGUCCGAGAGAGGUUGAAAAAGUUGAUUUAAAACGCUACGAUUCGGACGUCAGACUCAUGGCGGCGCAGGCGAAGGAGAUGGAUGAAGAGGCGAAGACGCGCGAGAAGUCGAAGCGGACGUUCGCUGACGUCGUCGCGGACGAAGAGACAUCGAAGAAACGACGGAAGAAGACGAACGAUGGAGAGGUGGAAUACGUAUCUUCAAAGGGUGAGAACGACGCGCGCGUCGCGAACGCGAACGGAUUAUCGUCCUCGUGA